CCCAGCUGAAAAUUGUUACAACAGACAAGGAGGACAUGUCACGUCGCAGUAAGCGUUUAGGAACCACUGAGCAUGAGGAUGACCGUAUCAGCAACAGCAGUGUUGAAAGUCAUCUAUUAUACAGGGACAGUCCUGCAAGGAGCCUGAGAAGGAAGGUGACAACAGUUAAACGUUUACCUAUCCCACGGCAACCAACCGAACACUCAUACUACAGUGAGACAUCUACCUAUGUUAGCAGAGACACAGGGGAUGUGUCAGAAGCUCUCCAAGGCACAGGCUAUGAGGGAUCAUAUUGGGGAGACCGUGAUCUUGUGCGCAAACGAACAGGAUUGGAUGUCUCAUAUAACCGCUUCAACGAUAACGGAUUAUCACAAGCACAACCAAUAUAUGAUCGGUCUAACCCAUCUUCAGGAUAUUCAUCUGAGGAAGAAAAUGCAGGUCAUUCUAAGUUGGAUCAAGAAUCUACACGUGUCUCUCGCUGGAGAAAAUGGAUUAAAUACAUUGAGACGCUGCCAUGGCUUCUGCUUUCAUAUCCAGGGCGUGUAUUUGGUAUUCUGUAUUGGUGGUUAGGUACAACGUGGUAUCGUCUUACCACCUCUGCCUCUCUCCUUGAUGUCUUCAUUUUAACCAGGCAUUAUGCUCUUCUAAAGAAGGUGCUGAUGAUCCUUCUAAUUCUGCUUUUAGCAACAAUGGUUGCCACAGGAUUAUGGCAUUUUUAUCCAUAUGGGCUUCAGGGCUUGAUUCCCCUACCCAUUGCUCCAUUUUCUUGGAAACAAAAACCUUUUACAACUGAUGCUGUGGCAAAGGAAAACUCAGGGCGUGAAACACAACCACUCUUCUCCGAGCUGGAUUUGAUCUCCCGUAUUGAAUCGCUUGAAAGAAAGUUCCAAGGUCUGGAAAAUCAUCAAAAAAUGUCAAGUCACCGGGAAGCAGGUGUUGCAACAGCAUCUGGAUUUAGCAAAGAUGAGAUUAUUCAAUCAUUUAAAGAUCUAUCAAGCUACAGAGAGGCAACUCUGAAAGAAGAAAUUUUACAUGAAGGAGCAACCAUGACAGAGAAUAAUGUAAGAAAACUAAGAGAGGAGCAGCAGGGGAACAUACAGGGGAUUCUUCAAAAGAUGGAUGAAAUGUCCAAGGAAGUGGAUUAUCAGAUCCUACAGCUGAGGACAGAAUUGAAAAGCCCUUCUCAAGAGGACUCGAGAGAAAACUUUUUGCAUGAAUUAUUAGCACUGGAGGAAAAGCUGCUGGACAUUCAAGAUCAGAUAUUGGCUAUGAGAAACACCCAAGAUAAGAUGGCCCAGCAAGUGGAUGCUGUACCAGCAAACAUUCAGGACGUUAAGGAUGAGGUGCAAUUGCUCUUUCCCAGAUGGCUCAUGGCUCAUACAGAUCCUAAACUCGGUGAAGCUGCAUCCCUUUCCAAACAUUUCCUGCAUCGAAAUGAGCUGGAGAAAUAUUUACUGGACCUGGAGAGAAAAAUCAUGGCUGAGCUGUCUGCAGACAGAAAGCAAUGGGCGAAACAGGCACACAAUACUAUAGACAGAGAGCUGCAGGCAGGAGGUAUAUCUGGAGUAUCCAGAGAGGAAGUCCAUGAAAUUGUGAAUAAUGCUCUCCAGAGGUAUAGUGAAGAUCGAAUUGGGAUGGUUGAUUAUGCCCUGGAAUCAUCUGGAGCCAGCGUUAUUAGCACAAGAUGCUCCGAGACUUACGAGACAAAGACUGCCCUUUUCAGUCUAUUUGGUGUUCCCCUUUGGUACCAUUCCCAAUCACCUCGUGUUAUCCUUCAGCCAGAUUCAAAUCCAGGAAACUGUUGGGCUUUUCGAGGGUCCCAGGGUUAUGCUGUAAUUCAUCUGUCCUCCCGUAUUCGGCCAACAGCUGUUACCUUGGAUCACAUCCCUCGGUCGUUGUCUCCAAAGGCCACAAUUUCAAGUGCCCCCAAAGACUUUUCUGUCUAUGGCCUUCAAGAAGAGACACAGGAAGAAGGGGUUCUUCUGGGAAAUUUUACCUAUAAUCAGAAUGGAGAGCCUAUUCAGACAUUUCCCAUCCAGGGAGACAAUAUGUCUAUCUACGAACUGGUGGAGCUGAGAAUAAAGAGCAACUGGGGUCAUCCAGAAUACACGUGUGUCUACCGUUUCAGAGUGCACGGAGAAGCGGAAAUGUAGGAGUGUCUUACAAGAUCAUUUCAAAGAGUCCUAAAGACAAGAUGUGUUGUACUCACCAAUAAUAACUACUGACUUUCAGGAGACGUGGUAUUGUUCUGCAAGUAAAACAAGCCCCUUCAAUGGGCAUCAGAAAAUAAGGUUGAAGGAUCAGAGGCAGGCCCUCUCUGAGUUUUAUAUGGAAUAUAAUUUUGGAAUUGGAAAAUAAGAAUUCCCCUGUAAAAUAUUUAAUCUGGACAAGCAUUUGAAAACUGGAUUCAAGCAGACUUGAUGUGUAUAUGUGAUUGUAUGUCUGCUAUGAAUGAAAUGUGGAUCUUGAUAAUUUUGCAGUUAAUCAGAUUAUAUGAUUAAUCAGGCCUUCAUAGUUAGUGUUUGUUAAUUUAGUGUUCAAUCUUAAUCACAAACAUACCAACAAGAAAGUAAAACGUUCACUGUUUUGAGUUCCUUGAUAAUCUGAGUUAAGGUUGCUAGGUCAAUCUGUUUAUGAGGUUCUGAACUUGUUUUAUUCAGUGUUGUCUUGUUUUAAUAGCAGUCGCGCCAAAGACAGGCUUCUCUUCGGCCCUUAAAGCUUAGGGGCCUUAAUCAAAAAAAGUCAGCCUGACAUUGGCACAAUUAUUGUGUAGUAAUACAUACGCAAUGUGGCCCUCAACUAAUUCUCCCCAUACACAUUUGCCUCUUUCCCUGCCUCCCAU